UAAAAUAAUUUAGACAAUUCUGAUUUUUGUUAUUGACUGUGGAGCGGACAUAAUUUGUCACUGCAUCAGGUGGGGCUUGUCUUUUAUGAGCUUAUAAUAUUCAAGGAGAACUGAAAGUGUUAAGUGAGGAUUUGAUUUAAAAUUACCAUAUAAUCCCAGGAGGCUUGGUGGCAUAGUGGUUAAGAGAUUAACUGCUAACCAUAAGGCUGGCAGUAUGAAUCCAGCUGCUCCUUGGAAACCCUAUGGGGCACUUCAAUCUGUCCUAUAGAGUCACUACGUGUCAAAAUUGUCUUGAUGGCAAUGAAUUUUUAUGCAAUCCCUAAAUCUCAUCUUAUAUAUUCAUAAAUACAAAAAACUAGACUCAAGACCUUAAAUAAAUAAAAUUCGGUUCAGUAGUUUUUCUUAAGAAAAUUUAAAAAAAUAGCAUGUUUUAAAAUUUUGGUUUAGCAUUUAUUAGUUAAUAAACACAUAGAUUCUGAAAGAGACAUCUUUUCCAGUCUUAGCAAAGGAUAGUUGACUAAGCUUCCUGUAUUGUUCCUAUGUUUGUUUGUUUAUUUAUUUAUUUAUUUAUUUCCAGGACUGACUUUUAGAUUUCAAUGAACUGAAGCCAUGUUAGUGCCAGAGAGAAAUAGAAGCACAGCCACGUUCACCCUUUUAGGCUUCUCAGAUUGCCCAGAACUGCAGGUUCCCUUUUUCCUGGUUUUUCUGGCCAUCUACAGUGUCACUGUUGUAGGGAAUCUUGGGAUGAUUGUAAUCAUCAAAAUUAACCCCAAACUUCACAUCCCCAUGUACUUUUUCCUCAGCCACCUCUCAUUUGUGGAUUUCUGCUCUUCCUCGAUCAUUGCUGCCAAAAUGCUGGGGAACCUAGUUGCAGAAGACAGAAGCAUUUCAUUUUUAGGAUGUGUAGUACAAUUCUUUUUGUUUUGUACCUUUGUGGUGACUGAAAUCUUUUUAUUAGCUGUAAUGGCCUAUGACCGUUUAGUGGCCAUUUGCAACUCUCUGCUGUACACAGUUGCCAUGUCCCAGAGACUCUGUGUUAUGCUGGUGUCAGGAUCAUAUACUUGGGGAGUAGGGUGUUCCUUGAUGCUCACAUGCUCUGCUUUGAAAUUAUCUUUUCAUGAUUCCAACACAAUCAGUCACUUCUUCUGCGAGUUCUCCUCACUUCUCUCUCUUUCCUGCUCUGAUACUUCUCUCAGCCUGUUGUUGCUUUUCAUCUUUGCUACUUUUAAUAUGGUGAGUACAUUACUCAUCAUUCUCACUUCUUAUGUGUUUAUUGUUGUCACCAUUUUGAAAAUGAGUUCAGCCAUUGGGCGUUGUAAGGCAUUCUCUACCUGUGCCUCUCAUCUGACUGCCAUCACCAUCUUCCAUGGCACCAUCCUCUUCCUCUACUGUGUGCCCAACUCCAAAAACUCCAGGCACACCAUCAAAGUUGCCUCUGUGUUUUACACAGUGGUGAUCCCCAUGUUAAAUCCCUUGAUCUACAGUCUGAGGAAUAAGGAUGUCAAGAAUACAGUCAGCAAGUUAAUGGACACUAGAGUCUUUUCUCAUUGAGCAUAUUAUUUUAGUAGAAUUUGUCCCUAACCUUUAAAUAAAGUGUGUCCAAAAAGGCCAUUUUAGAAGAUACAUUUAAGAUUAAUACUUAAUUUUGCACAAUGGCAAGUACGUGGAUAUUGUUUCAAAGAGACUAAAUUUGGCUUUGUCUCUUCAUUGCAGGAAAAGUUCAGCAUCUCUCUCAUCUUUAGUUUUAAACCUAUGCAAAUUGUAAGAACAUUAACUGGUUCAUAAUCUGAUAGUGAGGAACAAAAGAUAAUAUAGAUAUGUGGGGCACCUUGCAUAAUCUGAAUAAACAUUAAUUUCAUCCCACUUUCUCAUUAAGUACUUGAAAUAUAGUAGUUUCUCAGUAAACACACAUUUUUUGAUGACAUAUCUACAAAUGGCAGUAAAGGUAAGACAUAGGCUUUGUCCUCAAGGAAUGCAUAAUUUGGUGGUAAUGCUGGUGCAAUAAAGAACGGGGCUGUUGUAAAAGGCAGGCUAGAAGAAAUAUCUUAAAAGUUUUGAGCAAGGAAUAGUUCAAAUCCACUUAGAGACAUUAGAAAUAAUCUUCAUAAAAGAGGUAUCAUUUGAAGUUGGCCUGGAGAAUGGGCAGGAUUUUAGGAGACACAUUUCAGUGAAGAAGGCAUCUUAUUCAGGAGAGAAUGGAAUAAACAAUCUCGAGGAAAUAAGAAUGUAACAUUGAGUCAGUCAAUUAUUAUCGAGUGAAUACUGUGUAAUGUAUGUGUGUGCUUGCACCCGUGUGUUCGUGUGUAGUAUGUUAUAUUCAGGUUAUUUUGGCAUGACUGCAAAGUUGAAUAAAUAUUGUCUAUACCCUGACCGUGUUUUCAAAAGAGCUCCGGCGUGACAGAAUGAUAAGUUUGAUAGGCUGCACCACAGGCUUAGAAAUGGAUCUCAGAAAACCAUUAUAUGCAAAAAGUAGCGACAUCAAGUGCCUGCCCUAUUUGUUUGUCAGUUAGUUUGCCCACCCAGCCAUUGCAAAUGUUAUGUAUAAUUUAUUUAUCUAUUUUUUGAACAUGGGCGUAAUUACUGAAUCCUGCUCAACAGAACUCUCAAUUUGACCAAUUUGCCAACGCAGCCUACGUUUGUGAAUUAUUUUGGCUAACAAAGGUGGCAAAAAAGACAUUGAAGCAAAUUCCAAACCUUUGAGAGAUUUCAGGAUUUUACACAGACUAUUGAAAAAAAAAAGAAAGAAACCUGGGAAGCUGCCAUAUGAACAAACACAGAUUAGACUAUUGAGUAAAGAGGGAAAAAUAACCCAGUUGCCCACUCCUUCCAUUAUACUCUCUGACACUUAGCCCACCACCAGAUUCAAGGGUGAGAAACUCUUAUGUCAGCUGACCUGCCAGUUGAUCUCAUAGACCUAAGUAAGCUGAGCCCAGAUCAGCCAAACACAGACCAGAUCAGCAGAACUGCCCACCUGACCUGUAUAAUAGUGAGCAGUAAUAAUGAUUGUUGUUUUAAUAAAUACAUUUUUGCAUGUUUUCUUUGUAUAGUCAAUAGAGUCACUCACUUUCUCAGGUUCUGCCAAGGUUACCAAAAACAUAUUCCCAUGGUUUAUCAUAUGACAAUUUAGGGUAUUGGUCAUUCUUCCACUUAGAGACCCCUUGCUUAAGACAAUGCAAUUAAAACAUUCAGAAAAUAUUAAAAUAGUAUAAUGUCAUUGACAAUUGCUAAUAUAAUAUUUUAUAAAAUGGAAUUAUCCUGUAUGCUUUAAAUUCAUUUACAUCAACGGUUUGGAGAUUCACAUUGAGAUUAUUCAAUUCAUGGAUUGUGAUCAUGACAUGAAUCUCAUUCAAUAUUUUAAAUUUAAAUCAACCUUUAAGCACACGUCCCAUCUCUUUAAGAUAAAUACAUAAACAAGAUAACUUUGUCGUGUUUUGCCUACAAGAUUUAAGG